GAGUCACAAAAACAACAGCUUUGGCCAAGAUCGUGACUUCAGGAAAGGGAACCCAGGGUCUUCACAGCCAGCCCCCUCCCCAUGGAGGACAGUUUCCUCGAAUCCUUUGGGAGGCUGAGCCUCCGACAGCAGCCGCAGCAGCCGCCUUCUCGGCCGCCCCCGCGGGGGACACCUCUGCGCCGCCACAGCUUUAGGAAACACCUCUACCUCCUGCGAGGCCUCCCGGGCUCGGGGAAAACCACACUGGCCAGACAACUGCAGCAUGACUUUCCCAUGGCCAUGAUUUUCAGCACGGAUGAUUUUUUCGCCAGGGAAGAUGGUACCUAUGAGUUCAAUCCUGACUUCUUGGAGGAAGCUCAUGAAUGGAACCAGAAAAGAGCAAGAAAAGCAAUGAGGAAUGGCAUAUCCCCCAUUAUUAUUGAUAAUACCAACCUUCACGCCUGGGAAAUGAAGCCCUAUGCAGUCAUGGCACUUGAAAAUAACUAUGAAGUUAUAUUCCGAGAACCUGACACUCGCUGGAAAUUCAACGUUCAAGAGUUAGCAAGAAGAAACACUCAUGGGGUCCCAAGAGAAAAAAUACACCGAAUGAAAGAAGGGUAUGAACAUAAUGUUACCUUUCACAGUGUACUUCACGCAGAAAAACCAAGCAGAAUGAACAGAAACCAGGACAGGAAUAAUGCAUCACCUUCCAAUGGUGCAAGAUACUGGAAUUCCUACACAGAGUUUCCAAACCGGAGGGCUCAUGGCAGCUUUACAAAUGAGAGCUCUUUUAGCAGAAGGGGCCGCUGUCACCAUGGAUAUUAGAGGCCUAUCUUUACAGCCAUUCAGAAUUUUCCUAAAUAAGUUUUUACUUCAACUUUUGGUAUUUAUUGUUUGUUCAAUUUUGGCAGAGGUCUGAUUCCAGUGUAAAUAGUUAAACCCCAAAGUUUCUGAGCAGAGGUCACUAUAUUCAUUAUCAUCAACAAGAACUUUUAAAGAGCACUUGUGUGUGUGGUCUGAUGCUGGGCAUUUUGCAGAUUUGAUUAAAGUCUUUCUCUAGGGAGAGAAUACAUUUGAAACUGAAAUCCAAGACCAUAAGCAAUUAGUCAAAUAGGUUCACACAUGAAAGUGUCUAUAUUAUACAAAAAUUUCAGUACCAUAUUAUGAAUCCAUUUAUUUUUUCAAAAGUUUCAUCUCUUACCAGGAAAGCGAGAAAGGUGGGGUAGAGGCAAGAGGUACAAAAUGUAGUGCCAUUGCUACUUGGUAAUCUAUGUAUCCAAAAACGUGAGAUAUGUCAUUAAUGAUACUGAUUUUCUUUUAAAAUGGCUAGAAAGUUUACAUAUAAGGGAAUACUAUCCUUCAAAGGAGACCCUUUGGGAAGUUAUUCCUUUAUUUUAAUGAUCUAUCACUGUUAAAAUGUCUGUGGAACUGUGAUAGCUAUACAAGUGACUUAGGAAAAUCAGUGUCAUUGUCAUGCAUUGUGUUUACUUUAUUAAACAGUAUUAAAUUUUUGUCUGUUGUUUAAUUGUAUAAAUAAAAUUAACUUGCUGUCAUAAAAUAAUUGUAAGAGAAAUGAACAAUUUUUAAAAUCAUGCCUAUAAAUGUAAUUACUUGGCAGCCAAAAUAUUUGGUGGGAAUGCAAGGAAUUAAGCAGCCUAGGAUAAAGAUGAGUAUGCACAGCCAUGCUUACUGGAAGACACUGCAGUCUUAGUGUGUUACAUGACAUCAUUUGAGACAGUAAACUUCUACACAACUCUGGAAUGUCUAAUAUCGAUAGUGAAUAGAAGAAUCCAAGUUAAAUCCUAGCAUUUAAGAUCAGAUUUGGUAUGAGACCAUGAUGGACAAGCGCACAGGAUGUAUGCUCUAUUUAUUGUUAGCCAACAGCUUCUUUCUAAUGUUCUGUGAAUUAUUUUAAGUGUCUUAUAUAAUGGUGCUUUUAUGGUUAUUAUAAAUUGUAUAUGGUAUUGAGUUUAUAUGGAUUUGUCACUGAAUUUUUUUGUUCAAUAAAUUUACCUAAA